AUGAGGGUCGCCGUCGCUCAUCUCGUCGCCGCAUUACUAUCCUACGUCUCGGCAUCACCAUGUUGUCAUCAAUUGAAGGAGAGUCUCGGCGAUAAAAUCAGCUUUCCUGAUAACAAUAGCUACAACGCCACGUUAACUAGCUACUGGUCGAAACAAGAGUCUGCCCUUCGCCCCAAUUGCAUCCUGCAACCUACCACCGCCCACGAUGUCGCCGCUGCCCUGAAGAUAAUCAGCAAGCACAAAGACUGCAAAUUCUCAAUCAAAGGUCAUGGCCAUGCUCCAGCCGCAGGCUUCGCCAACUCCAACGGCGGCGUGACCAUUGACAUGACAACUCUGUCAUCCGUAUCUCUUAAAGAGAAGUCAACCAUUGCAAGCAUCGACGCAGGCGCAAAGUGGCUCGGCGUUUAUCAGUAUCUCGACGGCUCAGGUGUUCAAGUCGCUGGCGGUAGAAACGGGAAUGUCGGUGUUGGAGGCUUGCUUCUCGGUGGAGGAAUAUCGCAUUUCACUACCAAGGUUGGAUGGGCUUGUGACAAAGUGGUCAAUUAUGAAGUUGUACUCGCUAAUGGUACUCUUAUCAACGCAGAUAAGAAAGAGAACUCAGACUUGUUCCUUGCUCUGAAGGGAGGGGGAAACAACUUUGGUGUUGUUACGCGCUUUGACGUUGAGGCGUUUCCGCAGGGCGACAUUUCUACGACAAGCAUUUCCUACGAUAUUGCUGAGAGGGAUAAGGUGUUCCGGGCUUUUACCGACUUACUAGACUCAUCUACAUACGAUCCUGCAGCGUCUCUAGUUACUAGUCUUCUUUACAGCUCCGCUUCCAAAGCUUGGUCACUGUCAGCUUCGGCUGUAUACACCAAGCCCGUUUCUCAACCAAAGAUCUUCAAGGGUCUUUCGGAUGUGCCUCAUACGAAGCUGGUCGAUAAUAUCACGACCUUGGCAGAGUUUGCGGAUGAGAAAGAUACAUCGCCAUUGAACUGGCUGUUCGCGACGUUGACUCUCAAGCCAUCCGCACAGAAUAUGCAGCAUAUGUUUGAGACUCUCAACAACACUAUCUAUUCUUUCAACCCACAGGAUGGCGUGACUUGGAGCAUCGCUUUUGAGCCAUUGGUAGCAGCAAUGCUGAAGGGUUCCAAGCACACCAACGUCCUUGGCCUUCAAACAGCGCAUGAUGGCUACAUUGUGCUCAUCUCAGCUCUGUGGCCGAACUCAGCUGUCAACUCGAACGUCGAAGGGACAGCCAAGAAGGUACUGUCAGUAUGGGAAGAGAAUGCUCGCGGGAAGGGACUGCUGCAGAAGUUCCAGUACCUCAACUACGCUGCGCCAUACCAAAGGCCUUUUGAGUCAUACGGAGAUGAUGAGCGGGAGUUUCUCAAGUCAGUUAGUAAGAAGUAUGAUCCUGCACAAAUCUUGCAGCGGAGAGUGGGUGGCUUCAAGCUGUGA